GAAUCAUACAUUAUUGUUAGUAGAGGUGAGAUAUUCAAUAAUUUAAAUACAUCCAUAAAAAAAACCUGUCUAUUCCAGAGUACUAUUACACACAAAAAUGAAACUCUUUGCAUUGUUAUUCGCUGUUGUUGUAACCGCUGAAUCCCUCACGGUAAAAGACCAUUGGGAAAAAUUCAAGACCGAUUUCGACAAAAAAUACCAAAACAUCGCCGAGGAAACUCGCCGCUUCCGGAUUUUCCAGGACAAAUUCCAGGAAAUCGAAGAGCACAACGCCCGAUACACCGCCGGCCUGGAGACCUACUACAAAGGAAUCACCCGAUUCUCCGACUUAACCAAAGAGGAAACCCAAGGCUUCUUCAAGAAAAUCCACGACGACACCACCAACUGGGUGCCUAAAACCUUCGAGACUCCAGCCAACGUUCCGGACCAAGUGGAUUGGAGAGAGAAGGCCGCCGUGUUCCCCGCGUCAGACGAAGGCAAUUGCGGCGCAAGUUACGCCUUCAGCGUGACCGGAGCCCUCGAGGGCCAAAACUACCUGGUCAACAACAUCAGCGUGAAGCUGAGCGACCAGCAGCUGGUCGACUGCGAUCACAACAACGCCAAUUGCCAGGGGGGCAACCAGAGCAACUCCUACAACUACAUCAUGCAAGCCGGAGGCCUGAACAGCUUCGACGACUACCCGUUCAGGAAGCACCCGGGCGAUUGCAGGGUCGUAUCGAAGAAAUACGCCGCCAUGAAGUACACCGCGACCGUUGGAGCUACGGAGGAGCAGCUCAGAAACGCCCUCGCGGAAAUCGGCCCGAUAUCGGUGUCGAUCUACGGCGAUUGGGUUUUGGACUACGCCGGAGGGAUUUACACCGGCAGUUGCGUCAAUUUGGUGCAGUAUUUGGACCUCAGCGCGUUGUUGGUGGGUUACGGCGUUGAGAACGGCACCAAAUACUGGCUGUUGAGGGGCUCGUUCGGCAGGAAAUGGGGCGAAAAGGGCUACUUUAGAUUGCUGAAGGACGCCAAUAUGUGCGGAGUGGCUCUGCGCGCUUCCUACCCCGUUCUAGAACCGGUUAAGAAGACUCGAUGAGAAAUGGUAGGUGGAUUAAUGUGUGCGAG